AGCGUAUUGACAAGAUCCUUUGAAGCAAGGCGUAGAGAACACUGCGUAAGUGAUGCUUUUUAAUCAAGAAAGAACUUAGCUGGAGCCUGCAGGCCUGGCGCUGAGCUAGGCUGGGUUGUGGGGCGCUCAGCUAGCAGGCUGGUCCAGCAGAGGACGCCCGAGCGCCUCACUGCAGCAUCCCGGCGGCGGAGCGCAGCGGCCGGCAGGAACUCGCGUCCUGCCGCAGUCUCUCGGCAGCUAGUCUGUGCGAGCGCAAGGGAGGAGACCCCCGCCCGGGCACCACACUUGCAGCCGCGGUAACUCCCACCCGCGAUCGCCGCCCUCUGGCUCUCAAACGCCUGCCGCAGCCUGCGUGGGUCAGCGUGAGAGGGCUUCUCCGUCUCCGGGGCCGGAUUGCGAACUUGGAGAGGACCGCGGCUCUCUCCCCGGCCUGGAGAGUGAACAGGAUUUUGGACCCUUUCGUAAUUGACAAUGAUGCAGUGAGUCUAAAGGCUGCCACUGAAGCCAUCUACUUACAUCCCGAGUCUGAACAGCAAAUCCUGUCACCAGAGACCAUGGCGAAGAGCGCAGAGGUCAAACUGGCCAUCUUUGGGAGAGCAGGUGUGGGCAAGUCAGCUAUUGUAGUGAGAUUUCUGACCAAACGAUUCAUCUGGGAAUAUGAUCCAACCCUCGAGUCAACCUACAGACACCAGGCAACCAUCGAUGAUGAAGUUGUUUCUAUGGAGAUCCUAGAUACCGCUGGUCAGGAAGACACCAUCCAGAGGGAAGGGCACAUGCGCUGGGGUGAAGGCUUCGUGCUGGUCUACGAUAUCACUGAUCGAGGGAGCUUUGAAGACGUGCUGCCGCUGAAGAACAUCUUAGAUGAAGUCAAAAAGCCCAAAAACGUAACUCUCAUCUUGGUCGGAAACAAAGCCGACUUGGACCACUCCAGACAAGUGAGUACCGAAGAAGGGGAGAAGCUCGCUACAGAAUUGGCUUGUGCGUUUUAUGAGUGCUCUGCCUGCACUGGAGAAGGGAACAUCACCGAGGUAUUCCAUGAGCUCUGUCGAGAGGUGCGUCGCAGGAGGAUGGUGCAAGGCAAGACGCGGCGACGCAGCUCUACCACACACGUCAAGCAAGCGAUUAACAAGAUGCUCACCAAAAUCAGUAGUUAGAGGCCCUGCCAAGAUGUGCUGAAAAUUGAGAAGUCUUUCCUGGCUCUUCUUUUGCCCUUCCAAACAUGAGCAAAAUAUUCUACUCUUACUCUGACUUUGGGAAAUGUCGGGGUUUCUCGUGGUUCCUGGUCCGCUAUAUGCUGGGAAGUUCUCCAGUGUCCUCUCGGUCCUGAUGCUGUAACUGUCUCCCCCUUUCCUGCUUGCGUAGGAUCCGUGCUAAUAUAGUUUGAAAAUGUAACCACCAAAGAUACUGAAGUGGCUGGGUUCGCGGAAGCUAAUUUUAGGCAUCCCUGCCUUGCUUUAAUAAGUUGAAGCCUUUUCAAAGGCGUUUUAAGAUGCUGUUUCUUAUGGAAUACUUCAAAGGUCACCGUAACAUUUUGUGGUGUCUAGUGAGAACUUGAGAAGGGUAGUUGGGUGAUUGGAACAGGAAUAGAACUCUAGUUCUCAUCUGAAGUAAGGACUUUUAAAAAAUCGUUAUCUUACUUAAAUUGUACAGUUUUUCUUUAACCCUUUAUUUCAUUUUUAGGUUGAAAUGUUAUCACUGAUUUUUGUUCUGUAAUGUAAUUGCCCAUUUCAAUUCAAGUUGGUUCUCUCAAUGAUCUCUAUCAGUCCUUACACUCCCAAUUCUAUUAUAAUUUCCUUAAUAACAACAAC